GUACACUUAAAUCUUUGAAUCUUUCUCGAGGUCGGUGCACCGUGGCUGAUUGUUUUAUACAGUUAGAUGUAUGAGAGAAAUUAUAAUAUGCUUAGAAUGAUUGUUAGGAGCAUUUAGAUUUUGAAUAACAGGAUUUUGAGUUGUGUUCAUGUCCAUCGGGGGAUGGAUAAUUGAGGGAAUGAGUUGCCACUUGGCUUAGAAAGCCACCACUCAUUCCUUUAUCCAACCUCGAUAACCCCCUUUAGGCUAACUCUGUGACACGUGUCCUUGCAUUUGCAUGGGCUCCAAUUCUGCCAGGCUAUUCCAUGACCAAGCUUAUCUAUAUAGUUCCAAUCUUCUGCUUUGCACUUUCGCCCUUCACCUUCCCAUCUCUAACCAUGUCUGCCUUUGUUGGAAAGUAUGCAGACGAGCUGAUUAAGAAUGCCAAGUUCAUUGCGACCCCAGGGAAGGGCAUAUUAGCAGCUGAUGAGAGCACCGGCACAAUUGGGAAGCGGCUGGCUAGCAUAAGCGUUGAGAACGUGGAGUCCAACCGCCAAGCCCUUCGUGAGCUUCUCUUUACCUCUCCCGAUGCUCUCUCUUAUCUCUCAGGUGUAAUCCUCUUCGAAGAGACCCUUUACCAAACGACAUCAGAUGGGAAGCCGUUCGUGGAAGUGCUUCAAGAAAACAAUGUGAUUCCAGGCAUCAAAGUGGACAAGGGCACCGUGGAGUUGGCUGGCACCAAUGGCGAGACCACAACACAAGGGUUUGACUCUCUUGGAGCUCGCUGCCAACAGUUUUACAAGGCCGGUGCUCGCUUUGCCAAAUGGCGUGCUGUUCUUAAGAUUGGCGGUUCUGAACCCUCUGAGUUGUCUAUCCAACAGAACGCUCAGGGCUUGGCUCGCUAUGCCAUUAUCUGCCAGGAGAAUGGGUUGGUACCCAUUGUGGAGCCUGAAAUCCUCACUGAUGGCCCUCAUGAUAUCAACAAAUGUGCUGCUGCUACCGAGAUUGUGCUGGCUGCGGUUUACAAGGCGCUUAGUGACCACCAUGUGCUUCUUGAAGGAACCCUCCUCAAGCCCAACAUGGUCACCCCUGGCGUUGGUAGCCCAAAGGUAGCUCCGGAGGUAAUAGCGGAGUACACGGUGGCUGCACUUCGCCGGACGGUCCCAGCCGCCGUCCCGGGAAUAGUCUUCCUGUCCGGAGGACAAAGUGAAGAAGAAGCUACACUUAACCUCAAUGCCAUAAACAAACAGGAAGUGUUGAAGCCAUGGACUCUUUCCUUCUCAUUUGGGCGAGCAUUACAGCAAAGUACGCUUAAGAUAUGGAGUGGGAAGACGGAGAACGUUGCGAAAGCUCAAGCAGCCUUCUUGGAGAGGUGUAAGGCCAACUCUGAGGCCACUCUCGGCAAGUACGGCGGCGGGAGUGGCGGCGGCGGGUUGGCCUCCCAAAGCCUCUACGAAGCUGGUUACAAAUACUAAAGUUAACUUAUUCAUCAUUAUUGAGCCAAGACCGUGUAUGUGCCUAAUGUUUAUGUUCAUAGUGUGCUUUUUCUCCCAUAUAAUAAUAUGCACUAUGACUUUUUGUUAAAC